UCUUUCUUCUCUCCUUUUAUUUUUCCCUCCAUUCUUUUUUUUUUACUUCUUUGUCCACACGCACACAAACACAAUAACAGAUUAUUCGUGAAUCCCGACUAACAGCAUAGUACUUUAUUAAUUCUCCAACAUACUCGCUGUAUCCACUGGUUUCUUUUCCACUCCUCCUCGUCCAGCCACGCCUAGGCUCUAGACCAUCCUUUUAUAAGAGAGAGAGAAAGAAAGAAAGAGUAGGAUAGAAAGGAAGAGAGGUAUAUGCUCAUUACACGGGCUAGUUGACGCCUUUAAGGAAGAAAAAAAAAGAAAAAAUAAAUAAAAGCCAAAAUAAUAAAGAAGGGGUGUGAGGAGAGGGUGUAAUGGAGUCCCAGACAAAGAAACGCGUGAAAGUGUACCAACUUGGUAAAGGAAAUGAAUGGAAUGAUCAAGGCACUGGACACUGUUCAUGUGAAUUCAAUGAGGACAAGUCCGAAGGCACACUCGUGGUUCAUUCUGAAGAUGAGGAGGACAGGGAGCUACUGCGAUCUCGAAUCAAAACUGAUGAUGUCUACCAGAAACAACAAGAUACCUUGAUUGUCUGGUCUGAGGAUGAUAUAGACCUGGCACUUAGUUUCCAAGAGGCCGAGGGUUGUUCAGAAAUCUGGGAAACCAUUAACGAAGUUCGACAGCAACAUGCCGAUGAUGCAUGUCCAGCUCUUGUGGAUGGCAACGGAACUAAUAAUACCCUCCCAGACCCCGAUAUCUCCAACCUCAAGGAUAUUGGCGAUUUACUCAGAGCUGCUCAGAGAGAUAUCUUGGAAAGAGAGAAGUUGUCUUCAUUUGUCCUAGUCGAUAACUAUAUCAACAAGUUGUUUCCGCUCCUGGAAACCUUAGAAGGUCAUAAAAGCAUUGCAGAGUUACAACUGCUGUAUUAUGUAAUGCUUGGGAUCAUCCAGCUCCACGAUAUUGCUGUCAUCCAAUAUAUUCUUCAGGAAGGUAUCUUCCUCAAUUGCGUAGGAAUACUGGAAUAUGAACCUGGUUUAGUGGACAGCAAGCCGGAUUACCGAGGGUUUUUAAUGAAUCGAGUCAAAUUCAAACAGAUAGUUCCGAUCAAAGACUUGGAGGUGGAGCAAAAGAUCCACAAGGUGUUUCGCCUUCAUUUUCUCAGAGAUACUGUGUUAUCGCGAGUCAUGGAUGAUGGUUUACCAUCGAUUUUGGGAUCCCUGAUAUUUUUUAACAACAACGAUAUCGUGAAUGCGAUUUGCCAGAAUCGACCGUUUUUGCUAGAUUUAUUUGCAAUAAUGGAUGCGAACAACAAUCAUUCCGACGAGAUGCAUGAGCAGAGGCGGGAUGUGGUGCGAUUUGCUCAGCAAUUCUGCUCUAUAGCUAGGUCUACUCAUAUGACAGCGCGUAUUUAUCGGACUUUAUGCCAGUGCGGUCUAUUCAACGUCUUCACUUUCUCGUUUACAGACAGCGAGGGAUGUAUCAAAAUGGCAGGCAUAGAGAUCAUGCUAUCAGUAUUGGAGUAUGAUGCGAGCUUGGUCCGAUCUCAUAUUGUCAAGCAGGCUGAAAACCCUUCCGAUCAACAAAUUUUUGGCGUAAUUGUUGAACAAUUCCUUGUUGAGCGGGAUGUAGGAGCAAUAACUCAGCUAUCAGAACUUAUUAGAAUGCUUCUCAAUACCAGUCCUUAUCUGACAGAAUGUGCAUCUAUUCAGGCAACAAUCCAAAGUUCAUCGAGACUAGAUCCAGAUGCAGACAAAUUUCUGGAGUUAUUUUAUUCCCUUUACGUUGAUAAAUUGAUGUCGCCACUGCUAGAUCUGCCUGAAGACACAGUUAUAUUGGACAGAGUGACAAGCAUACAGUGUGAAAGUAUCUGCACCAUACUUUCUUUUAUGGUCCGGCAGCAUUCGUUUCGGAGUAAAUACUACGUGUUUACAAGUGGGGUCAUUACAAAAAGUUGCUCUUUACUCAGCAAUAGGGAUUUACACUUGGGACUAACCGUCCUAAAGUUUCUAAGAGCAUGUAUCGAGAUAAGCGAUGAGUUUUAUCAUCGAUAUUUGAUAGAUCGUGGAGUGAUUAAUAGCAUUGUUGAGCUGCUACUCAGGAAUAACAAUAAGAACAACCUCCUAAACUCGGUCUGCCUGGAGUUCUUUGAGUUUAUUCGAACAGAAAAUUUUGAGACGCUUUCAACAUAUCUUACGGAGAAAUAUAGUGAGGAAUUGAGAGAGAUCACAUAUGUCGACACAUUUAUCAAAUUGAUGGCUCAGCACAAACAGCUGCAGCAGCACCAACAACAGCAGCACCUGCAACAACAGACGCAGGCACCAGUGGCAAUAGUUAACUUUGAAUCGGAAGUAUCGACCAAAGAUGAAUUCAUAAACAACAAAGAUUGCAAGCUGGUGUCUUCUGAUAAGGACAGCCAAGACUUCAGUAGCAAAGGUGGUGUUGAUGCGGUGUCUGAAAGAAGGCUUGACAAUACUCCAGAUGCAUCACACGCGUCUUUAUCUGAGAAAGAUUCAGAUAUUUUCCAGCAUAAACGAGCAUCACAUCAUAAGCUUGAAGAUACUAGUGACAGUGAUGGGAAUGAUCCAUCUUUGGAGAGGAAGGAAAAUGAAGUGGCUGCGUCGAUUGAAAGGGGGGGGGAACUGGAUAAGGAUGUGACUUCAAGUCAAGGUCGUCUAACAGUAGUUCCAACACAUCAGGAUCCAAAUGUAAAUGCAGAACCAUCAGAUCCGAUUGUUACCUCCAACGGAUCAAUUGCUGCGGGGAUUGCCAAGAAAAAAACUCCUCCGCUAGUUUCAACAUCAAUGAACCUAUCAUUACCUAUCUCUACCUCACCUUUCAUUCUGUCACCGCUGCCUGUGAGCACAGGACGCACUAGCAUCGUAUUUGUCAGAACUGGAUCACAAGAUAGCCAGGAUGUUGGGCAACAACAUUCUCCAAGAGAUGUUAAUAAGACACAGACUGAUAUGCAGCUAAUGAAUGGCCUCGCGACUGGGUCCGCGACUGAACAACUCUCGGAGGAGACGAGUGCGGUAACGCCUUCGCUUAAGCGAAGAGAUAAUGAGGCCCUUCCUGACGAAUCCCGCAUACGAGCAGAGCCCAAACGCAAAACAACUGGUGACGACAAUGACAUGCACUUGUCAUUGUCCGAGCCCACUGUACUAGCUGCGUCACCUCGUCAGGACCACAUUGUAGCGGUAAUAAAUGAGCUUGAUAUCAAGUAUGCUUUGGACUCGGCUAGCAUAAAUGACUCUACAGGAACCGCUGCAUCUGUGGAAGAGCGUAUCGAUUUGUCAAGGGGCUCAACCACGCCGUUACGUGUUUUAGUGAAUGGUCGAUCGUAAAAGUGAGGAAGACACCGAUCGUCUAUCACGUUACAUAUUUGCUUUCUGCCUAUUCUCAUAAGCUUUUAUUAGCUUUAUAACUGUAUACUUCAUUGUAUUCUUCAAUUUCCUUGAGCAUGUACAUUAUUCAAUAAACG